AUGUCUGCCUUUCCGAGUAUACAGGGACUCCAGCAAAACCCAUCGGAUUCUGAUCUCAUUGGUCAGAUAUCUGAUGAUCACUGCUCAGCCACUUGUAGCAACAGCAAGGAAUUCGUAAGAAAGGAGGCAAACUUUCUUGCAUCUCUUCAGCAGAACUGCGAUUCAGAUCAACACUUUGCGGCCGGAAUCUGCGAAGCAGAUGCGUGUCAAUAUUUGGGAGGUAAAGAUGACUUAAAAUUUGAUACAGCCGGACGGCGCAUGGAAAUUCCUGAUAAAACGGAGUUAAUAAGCCCUAAGGCCUGCAAUAAAAUUAAAGUGUCUGCAGCUCCGACUGUUCUUGCACUACCUGCUUCCUUACGGCCCAAAAUUUUGACUCGCUCAACAUCUGGAUCUCUAUCACAUUCUUCUUCCUCCACUGACUUCUCGUCAACCUCCUACCAACGCAGCCUAUACAGUAGUGAUGAGGACUUUUUUGGUGGAGAGGUAUGCCUUUAUUAUUUAAUGAUUCCUCUUGAUGGCUCAUUUUUCAUUAUAUGA